AUGCAGAUGGACAACUGCUGUCUAAUGGAACCUCCAAUGUUGAGCGCACAUUUGUUAGAUAUCAAGGGAGUACAUAAUAAUUAUAUGCAGUACUACACAGACGUUCUGAUUUUGUCCUUCGUCAUCAACUUGGGCCUGUUUUACUCCUUUAAAUUUUUUUAUAUCUACAUCGUUAUACCCAUUUAUGCAAUAUUCAAAACGCUUAAUUUUAUUUUCACGCAUUUUUUGAGUUCACCGGUGAGUUAUUUGUGA